AUGGCUCGCGGUGGUUGUUUCUGCGGCAAGAUCCGGAUAGAAUACAUCGGCCAGCCCGUCGCAUCGGGACUCUGCCACUGCAACGACUGCCGCAAACAGACAGGAGCAGUAUUCAGCUUCUGCCUCGUUAUCAACAGAGCAGACUUGAAAAUCACCGGAACGCCCAAGGAAGUCGCCAAAACAGCAGAUAGCGGCAAUCACAUCAUAAACUAUUUCUGCUCAGACUGCGGCACACCAAUCUAUGGGCAAAGAAUAGAGAAAUCUGGAGAGCCUGCCAAUAGCGCAGUCUUUCGCGCGGGCAUUUUUGAUGAUCCUGAAGUGCUGGACCAGAGGAAGCCCGUGGUGGAACUGUUUACCAGUAACAGGGUGAGCUGGCUCAACCCUAUUGAAGGCGCCGAGCAGUUCCCUGGGAUGCUGGCGAUGCCGUAG